AUGAAUGAAUCUCACGGAAGUGACGUGGAAGUCUUUAUGGGCGACCUGCCUCCUUCCACCAACAGAUACGCCUACGAAGGGAAAGAGCAACUCCAUCUAAUCCUAAGAAUUGAAUAUAACCGCCUAGGCCCAUUAACCCAUUCCCAGUAUGAACCAUUCAAGCCCAAUCUGGAAAUAUCCGAAUACUUCGUGAUUUUCAUUGAUCCUUCCUCUUUCGAGCAAGAGUUUUUGCUCCCAGACCCAAUCGCUGGUCUUCGUCUAUUCUACAACGCGGCCCUACAUAGCUUGAUUCUCAGAAUGUCAACUCCCGAGCAUUCUCAAGUUGCCGGUGCAUUGCACACCGCAGUAUCAAUUGCUUUGCUGCCCAUGGACCUUCACGAAGCAAUUCAAGUAUAUGGAGGAGUGGACGUCCCCGUUGGCAACGGAAACGUCAAACAACCAGAUGGGGGCUGGGGCCCCAUUCGGCACACUCUUGGUGUCCCCAAACGACCUGGGGUAGUCGUGGAGGUCGGAGUGUCCGAGCCUGAGACGAAACUGCACAACGACGCAAGAAUGUGGGUGGAUCCCGUCAGAGGGGAGGCAAAUAUGUCCAUCACUGUGAAAGUCAACCGGAGGAAGGCCCAGCUCAAAAUCGAUACCUGGGAAUGGGACUCAGGUUGCCAACAUCCCCAUGUCACGCAAUCUUGCGUGAUCGAGAGGUCUGGUGAUAAGACCACUGUCUCUAAGUACCCAAUUACGAUACCCUUCGAAUACAUUUUCCGACGAUCCCCGGAUAUUGCCAGAGAGACCGACAUUCGGCUUGAAAAGCAGUCCCUGGUCAACCUGGCAAUUUCUGUAUGGGCUGCACAACGGCUAUGA